AUGGCUCGCUUGCCAGCCAUGCUCGCCAUAUUCGCCUUGAUGACCCGUUGUGGUUUGAAUGUUCCGCUGUUCACAGUGGUGCGGCACGCGAGGCUAACACCCAGCCAGGAGGCCCGAAACAUGGUUGGGCAGGGUGCGUCGCUAGAUGCCAUCCUUGAAGUCACCGACUACGUUGCGCGCAUGCGGGAGGAACAGGGCGCUGGCAAAGGUGCGGGAGGAACAGGCAAAGGUGCGGGAGGAACAGGCAAAGGUGCGGGAGGAACAGGCGCUGGCAAAGGAAAUACUCUCUCGGGUGCAUACGAGAAGCUCAAGACAAAGCUCGUGGCUGGCAAGGGGAUGACUGCCAAGCCGAGGGACGUGGUUAAUGACCUCAAAGUUCUCAUUCAUCAGCUAUCAACAGUCAUCCACUACCCAAAGCUUGUCAGCCGCGGCUUCGUGUGCGGAGGACACCCACCUCUGGGCAUCGCUGUUGCGAUGGCAGUGUGCUACUUGCAGGUGUGGGUAAACUCAAACCUUUAA